CCCUUAAUAUCUCAUGAAUUGGCGAAAUGUGCAACUUUUGUAGCGACGAGCUGUCAUGAUUCCUACGCAGAGGCUUGCGUCGCUGGCGGCGCGAUCCAGCGGCACGCGGGCGCUGCGAUCGUGGCCUACCAGACUCCAUGUGGCCAGGAGACAGGCCGAUUAUGGGCUGAUGAGAUAUCGAGCCGGGCAGAGGGCCUGGGAGGCGACAAUGUCGGCGCCUUUGAAUGAUGAGGCGAAGAAGCAGGAUUUAUCUCCCUCGGAAGAGCAGGAGAGCGGGCGAUUCGACGUCAAGCCUAAUGAGUCGAUUCUCUUUUUCGAUAAUUUAUUUCCUAUUAGGCUCAGUUCACUGCUGAGUCGCCGAGUAGAGACGGAUCGGCACGUGUCAGACCUCUUGAAGCGUUUCAAUAGCUCCUCUUUGGGGAUCAUGGAUCCCAUCCAAUUGGUGAAGAGGGCGAUACCAAAGAACUUGCCUAUUAAAGUGACAGAGAUCUUGCCACGGCUAAAAGAUGGCGGAGCCUUUGUCAAGUUUGAAUAUGAUCCUAGCCUGAGCGUAUCUGAGAUUGAAGCCAAGCUGCUGAACAAGCUUAAAGAAGAGCCCAUCAAGCCAUGGUUCAAUCCCUUCCGUGGAAUCAGGGCUCGUACUGUCCGUGGUGUCCCCUGGCUAGAAGACCUUCAUCGAUACCCCUCUCAGAUGCUCAUGGUCGAGUUUGUCCCUCCUGAACCAGGUGCCGCUGCCGAAGAGCUUCCUGAAGAGGUCCUUUACAGCCUGUUCCGUCGAUAUGGUAAAAUUGCGGACAUUAUUCCUCAGCCAGCUGAUUCAAAGAUCACGCCAAGGUAUGCUCAGAUUGGCUUUCCCGGACUACGCGAUACUAUCAUGGCUCGAAACUGUUUGCACGGGUUUGUCGUUAGCGGAGCCCAAGGAGGUGGCAAGAAUGGAACCAAACUACGGCUAUCUUAUGUACAGAAGGAAAAAGCUCACAGCAUCUGGAACUGGCUUACAACUCAUCCCCGAAUCGUUAUCCCAAUCGUGGCGGCUCUCAUUGCGGGUGUCUCGGUCGUCAUCUUUGAUCCUAUUCGAGAGUUCUUCAUCAAAGUACAUGUACAGCACUCUCUUCGCUACACUGACUGGAGAAUUUACAAAUGGUUCAAGUCACAGACAGGCACCUUUUCUUUCUACAGGAAGGAAGAGCAUAUCGAAGGCCUUGGCACAAUCUGGAAACACCGCAAAGAUCUCAUUGAACAGCUUCAAAGUUGGCUGGACGGCAGCUCUGAUACCUUUAUUGUUGUCACUGGUCCCAGAGGCUCAGGAAAGGCAGAGAUGGUUAUGAGCCAGACUUUGAGCGACCGCAAGAAUGUAGUCCUCAUCGACUGCAAGCCGAUUAUAGAAGCUAAUGGUGAAGCCGGUACAAUUAAGAGACUCGCGGCUGCUGUCGGAUAUCGUCCGGUAUUCUCAUGGGCAAACAGCAUUAGUAGCAUGAUUGAUCUCGCGGUUCAGGGCACAACUGGUGUCAAGUCUGGGUUUUCUGAAACCCUAGAAUCGCAGUUGAACAAGAUCUUGCACACUACUGCUUCAGCUCUCAAGAGCGUCGCACUCUCGGGUCGACAUAAAUCUGACAAGGAUUCCAAUCUGUCCGAAGACGCAUAUUUGGAAGCACACCCGGAACAGCGACCAAUCAUUGUUGUUGACAAUUUCCUUCAUAAGAACGAAGAGUCUAGCAUUGUCUAUGACAUGAUUGCAGAGUGGGCGGCAACCGUGGUGCAGAACAACGUUGCCCAUGUUGUAUUCCUUACCAGCGACUCCGCUUACUCAAAGUCGCUCACCAAAGCUAUGCCAGACAGAGUUUUCCGCACUCUCUCACUAGGUGACUUGGAUGCCGAUAUCGCAAAGAACUUUGUCGUUACUCGCGUGGAAGAAGAUUUGAAACGUGAAGCUCAAGAGGAAGCAGAAGAAGGUUUGGAUGAGAAGAAACAGCCCAAACGGCCCAACAUGGCUGGAUUGGACGAGGGCAUCAAGGUGCUGGGAGGCCGUUUGACUGAUCUUGAGUUCCUCGCUCGACGACUCAGGGCGGGACAGACUCCUCACGAGGCAGUUGAAGAAAUUGUUACUGAAGAUGCAACCGACAUUGUCAAGAUGUAUCUUCUUGGAAGGACCGCCGACGCGGAUAGAAGAUGGUCUACUGAGCAAGCAUGGCACUUGAUCAAGGCACUUGCAGAAAAUCCGACGUUGCGAUACCACCAAGUUCUUCUCACACCUACAUUUGCUUCUUCUCUUACUUCCUUUGCGAACGAUGGAGAGGCCGCUAUCGAGAGUCUUGCUGGUGCCGAGCUCAUCACGGUCAAUACCCACCGUGGCCGGCCUCAGACCAUCACGGCUGGCAAGCCACUCCACCAGGCGGCGUUCGGCGUGCUUGUCAAGGACCGCGUGCUUCGCGCAAAGAUGGACUUAGCGGUGCUGACUGAAAUGUCCAAAGUGGAAGCCAAGAACAUUGAUGCGGUGGAAAAGGAACUGCAGCUGUUGGGCGGGCUGCCACGACAUACUGGAGAGUCGGCAGGUAGAGUCAUGUACUUGUUGAGCAAGUUGGACGUUGGACAGAGGAAGAUUGCGAAGAUGGAGUAUGAAAUGGCUGGGCUGAAGAAGAUUUUGAAUGAGGAGUUUUGAUCUGUUUACAUGAGAGAUGUUGUGGCGAUACUCUAGCGGUAUGUAUUGUAUUAUUAUAUAGUAAAUAAGCCACCAUUCUGCAUCGUCACUACU